CUAAUUAUCAAAGGCCUAAUUUAAACAGAAGUGGGGAAAGUGGGAAACACUUUCAUUUGUAUAAGUCCAUUACUAUCCUGUCUCUUCGGCCUCAGCUUUAGCUCUUACAGAACAAACAAAGAAAGAGAAAAUCAUCAGCCAUGAAUGUUGAAGAAGAAAUUGGGAAGCUUCAAGAAGAAAUCAAACGCCUUGGUCAGAUCCAAGAAGAUGGAUCUUAUAAGGUCACCUUUGGUGUCCUAUUUAAUGAUGAUCGUUGCGCAAACAUAUUUGAAGCUCUCGUUGGAACACUAAGAGCUGCAAAGAAGAGGAAAAUAUUGACAUAUGACGGAGAGCUUCUUCUACAAGGUGUCCAUGAUAAUGAAAUUAUUACCAUGAAACCUUCUGCAACAGUUCCUGCUGCUACUGAUGUCGCGGAGAAGAGUUGAUCAGCUUCAUGUUUCGACUGCCUUUAUUCUAUUGAGGACGAACCUUACGUGCUGUAAUUCAUUCUCUCAUCUGUAUGAUUACUCUUUUUUCUCUUCCUUAUAUGUAAUUUUGCUCUACCUGAGAUGUAUGUGUAUCUGGGCUGUCGAGAUUUGCCUGAAUGUGAGUCUUUGUGCUAAACCUUUGCUGCAAUUCUCUAUAUAGUUGGAACAUUGAGUUCUCAUCUUUGUCAUCAGCAAACUGUCCUAUCGAUAAUACAAAGGCCCUGUUUGGUAGUAA